CUGAAAAUCUCAAGCGUUUUGUUUCACUUCCAUGGUGACAGAAAGCAGAGCCCGUUGGAGAAGGAAUAAGGAUUUGUGUGUGCUAUUGUUGGCGGCAUGAAAGACCAACCUCAAUUAGUUGUCCAAUGAUGAUCAACCCCUCAAGAGACAUGAACUUUGUAACUGGCUUGCUGGACAUUAGCCAUGAUGCUUAUUUUUUGGUCUUUUCCUCUGCCGGGCUGUGCUCCUACUUUUGUGUCACACGCCUCCAUAUGGGCUUAUACAGGGGUUUUGUUUUUUUUCGCACUCGACAGUGUUUUUCAGUGACGCGGAUUUUGGUGAAGAAAUUUGAGGGUCUCUACUAUGCGCCUUACAACUCAGCCACGAUUGAAGACAAGCUGUGAAUUAAUCAUAAUGCUCA